AAAAAAAAAAAAAUCUUGAGAAAAGUUUAAAAGGUUCAAAACGAUUGGUUGGAUUGGUCAUCAUUUGGUGCAAUUGCAUUGCCCCCUGAGUUCUUAAAGCCUUCAACUGGAAAAAUGAAGGCCCACACCACUUUUAGAUCACUUCACUUGCAUGUUCCACCGGCAACUCUACUCCGGCCAAAUAGACUUAAUUUCCCCGGUGGCUUAGUUCAUGAGCAUAGCCACGUCAGCAUUUCAGUCCGUUGUUCUUCCGAUGAGGUAAUUCUGAAGCAAAACAGCUCAGCUACAAGGCGUAAUGUACUUCUCAUGCCUCUUCUUACUAUCGGACUUUAUUCUCUCCGGUCAACAAUUGCCAGAGCUGACGACAAACCACCUCCUGAAAUCACGCCGGAUUCUCCGCCGCCUGUUAAGACGGAGGAAGCGAUAAAUUCGAGGAUUUAUGAUGCGACGGUAAUUGGAGAGCCUUUAGCUUUAGGGAAAGAUAAGAAGAAGGUAUGGGAGAAGCUUAUGAAUGCUAGAGUUGUGUAUUUAGGUGAAGCUGAACAAGUUCCAACAAGAGAUGACAAAGAAGUGGAAUUGGAGAUUGUGAAGAAUUUGAGCAAGAGAUGUGCUGAAGCUGACAAGUCGAUUUCGUUGGCUUUAGAAGCAUUUCCCUCUAAUUUACAACAACAGCUCAAUCAAUACAUGGCUAGAAAGAUUGAUGGAGAGAGUUUGAAAUCCUAUGUAGCACAUUGGCCAACUCAAUAUUGGCAGGAGUAUGAACCCUUAUUGACUUAUUGUCGCGACAAUGGGGUUCGGCUGGUCGCAUGUGGUUUGCCUCUAGAGGUUCUACGAACAGUUCAAGCAGAAGGUAUUCGGGGGCUUUCAAAAGCGGAUCAUAAGAAAUAUGCUCCUCCAGCUGGUUCUGGUUUCAUCUCAGGCUUUACGUCUAUGUCACGCAGAUCAUCUGUUGAUGUAAAUAUGCUGAACCAGCCUACUUCUUUUGGACCAAGCUCAUAUCUCUCUGCACAAGCAAGAGUUGUUGAGGAGUACAACAUGUCCCAGAUAGUUUUAAAAACAGUGACGGAUGAUGGAGCUGCCGGUCUGCUUGUAGUUGUCACAGGUGCCAGCCAUGUCAUGUAUGGAUCAAGAGGGACCGGGGUGGCUGCUAGAAUUUCAAGGAAGAUACAAAAGAAAAAUCAAAUUGUCAUACUACUUGACCCUGAAAGACAAUGGCUAAGGAGGGAGGGAGAAGUUCCUGUUGCUGAUUUCCUGUGGUACUCUGCAGCUAGACCUUGUAGCAGAAAUUGUUUUGAUCGUGCAGAAAUUGCCCGUGUGAUGAAUGCAGCUGGCAGGAGACGAGAAGCCUUACCUCAGGACCUUCAAAAUGGACUAGAUCUUGGCCUGGUAUCCCCGGAAGUGCUGCAGAACUUUUUUGAUCUAGAGCAAUAUCCUUUCAUUUCAGAUUUAACAGAUCGCUUUCAGGGUUUUAGAGAGAGAUUGUUGGCCGAUCCUAAAUUUCUACAUCGAUUAGCUAUUGAAGAAUCUAUAUCAAUAACAACUACUCUCUUGGCACAGUAUGAGAAGCGUAAAGAGAAUUUUGUUGAAGAGCUUGAUUAUGUUAUUACAGACACUCUUAGGGGUAUAGUUGUGGAUUUUUUCACAGUGUGGCUUCCUGCUCCAACGAUUUCUUUCUUGCCAGUUGCUAAUGAUGUUGAUGCGCCUGAGAGCAUCGAAGCAUUGAAAGGUCUCCUGGGUUCCAUCCCAGAUAAUGCUUUUCAGAAAAGUCUUGUUGGAAGGGACUGGAAUGUGAGUCACAGAGUUGCGUCUGUGAUUGUUGGUGGCCUUAAAUUGGCGGGUGUGGGAUUUAUUUCUAGCAUCGGCGCAGUGGCUUCAUCAAAUAUCUUGUUUGCAAUGCGCAAAGCAUUAAAUCCGACCUUUACUACUGUCCAAAAGAACAAGCGAUCCCCAAUAUUGAAAACAGCGCUUGUGUAUUCAUCAUUUCUUGGUACAUCUGCAAAUCUGCGGUAUCAGGUUAUUGCAGGAUUGGUAGAGCACCGGAUUUCAGAUCUAUUUUCUGACCAAACAUUACUUGUAAAUAUGCUUUCUUUUGUUGUUCGAACGAUCAACUCCUAUUGGGGAACCCAGCAAUGGAUCGACCUUGCACGACUUACAGGAUUACAGGCUCGGAAGCGUGAGCAAGUUUCUGAUCUUGCUCCAGAUUCUGCAAAUCCUGCUGCCGUUGGUUGCAAUACACCAGAAGAUACCAAUACUGACGAAAUCAACAAUCAAUAGUAACAGUGUCACUUCCUUGUCUUUUCCUCUACUUUCUAGCAUAAUUAAGCAGCAGUUUUGAUUCUCUUGCUGUGUAUAUCAUUUACCUUUUAGCAUGUUAAUAUAUACACAGUUGAUAAAUUUUGACACACGUCCAAUAAAUUUUUGUGAUUCAGAGACUCGA